UUGCCGCUGCAAUUGAGCAAGCCACAAUGGAACGUUAGCCACGGAUCCAGCAUCAGCAUCAGUCUCGAAGCCCAAAGAAGACUGACUGCUGCUCUCUAAGAUAUACCCGCACCGAAGGAACGCUACAUCUGCACGUUCUAUUCGACAAUGCUGUUCGACAUUGACAGCUCCGCCCGCGCAGGUGUAUUGCAGCAUUACUCGAAUCAGUUUGUUCGUUAAUACAAGCGAACAUAAGCGGUGAAAGGCAAUCAGCAGCCUUGCAUUCUGUUGCUGUCAUCGAGGAAACGGCCAGAGCAUGUGCAGGGUGCCCUUGUCACCAGCUGCAGAUUCGUGCAUGUCUCAAACGACGUCCCUUGCCGAUGCACUUGAGCGCAUCGCCCAGCUCACCCCCACAGCUGCUAGUGGUACAAGCUAUCUGCAUCUGGUCACAGUCGUCUAGACAUAACUUCUCUUCUUCUGUUUCUGCAUGAUAGAAGCCUGGUACCGAAAGGAUGCACAUCCUCGCCCGUGUGAAGGGUUGCAAUGACCAUCAGCUAACGUCCACGAACCUGGUCAGAUACCCGCUUCCGCGUUGCCGUCACUCAGAUCUGGUGCAUGUUACUGUGGCCUCCAGUUUAGCAGAUAUAAAGGACAUCAGCUUCCUCCUCCAGUCUCGCAUCACAAUAUCCACGAUUUGCAUUCACCCCAUUGCGUCCUUUGGCGGCUUCUUCUUUGCCCUACACUUAACUUCUUCAUCACUCUGCAUAAUGCAAUUUCACCUUCCCAACCCAGCAACGGUGGUGUCGCACCAGCCUGCUGACAACAUCAAGCCCGAGCUCACCAACGUCAAGCUGCCACCCAUCCGCCAGGUCACGCCAGAACAACGUUAUAACUACAGCUCGAGCGUCUCCACUUACGAUUCCGACGUGUCGAGGCGUCCAUCAGUCUCUUCGAUAGCAUCGUCCGGUUUCCAUCCCUCCCGCUCUGCAUCUCCUGCCUUCUCCAGCUGCCCUCUUGAGCCUCAGUAUGGAGAGACUAGGCCUCUGGACCGCCUAAGGUUGCAGGCCGGCCACGUCUUCCCUUACACCACACCAACUCACGAAUCUACCGCUGUCGUGUCUCAUACAGGCGGAAAGGCAAGCAAGAAGAAGCGAGAGGAUCGCAAGCAGUACUCCAAGCGGGCGUCCACUGGCACGAUCUCUUCCAAGGUGCAGAAGAGCGAUAACGAAGCCGGCAACCGCUACUGUCAAGCCCUUGACCAGGCUGAGCUUGCAGAAGUCUGCAGACAGGCCAACAUCAACAUCGAGAACACUGCAGCACCACGACACGGCGGCCCAGGUGCAUGGAUUGCGCUCAAGAACAACAACAUCGCUUGGGAUGUUCGACAGGAUGGCAUUGAGCCUUCCAUGUGGAACAAAUCUUCAGUCAACGGCUCAGCCAUUCUGCAGCUCAGACACAGCAACAAGCAAUUCGCAGACACAAACAGCUGGCUGAACGAGUUGAUCAAGCGAUGGCCUAGCACAUCCAAGGAGCAGCUCCUCGAGCAGAUCACCCAGCAUAAGCAGUGUCUAGUCGCUGCCACAUCCACUCGCGGUGAGGCUCAUUGGAAGACGGCCUCCGAACGAAUGGUCUACGAAAUCUGAAUGAGCUUGCAUUGAUGACCUUACCGCAAUUUGUUAUUUUCAGCGGCAUUGGCGGUGUGUUGAGUAUCUUCCCUUUCUGGAAAAGUUUCUGUUUCUAUCCAAAAGUUCGUUGCUUCGUGUCGCUCUGCGUUUUUAUUUGGCUUGGAGUAGACUUUGCUCUCUCACUGUGUGACAUGCACAUACACGCGGCAAUCCGCGCACAUUUCGGGUGGUUGUCUGAUUACUUUUCUUUGGCAUCGCCUUACGACGAACGGCAUCUGUAUGACGAUCUGAACGGCCUUCUAAUAUGCAUAUUCUUAGCUUAGCAUUAUGGUAUACCCGCAUCGCAAUCGAUGCACACGCACAAUCGAAUAAUUACUCCACACCGU